AUGUUAGAGGAAAGUAAUAUGCAAUCAAAAUUUGAUUCUCUAAAUAAGUUCUUACUUCACCUAUGUUUGUCAAACUUUGAAGUGCACCUAUGUAAUCUUCUAGAGAAUGAAGAGGCCCUACUUUUAACUUGA